GCGGCUACGACGGAGACGGUUGCGCUCGCUCUCUCGGCGUCAUGGCGGCUGCCGGGAGCCGAUAAGCGGCGGGAGCGGGAGCGCGCGCGUGGCCGCGGCGACGACGACGGCUCGUUACUUCUCGCUUUUGCUGCCUUCGCCGUUGGUGCUUCAAUAAUGAAUUGAUUGUUGGAUCCGCUCCGCAGGGGAUCGCGCAUUGGUGCCGCGGCCCGGGGCUUCCCUUUCCCCUCCGCGUCCUUCCCCUUCCCCCUCCUUCUCACGGACUCCUGCUUACCCCGAGGCGCCCGGAGCCCGAGGACUCACUCGGCGGCAGAGACCGCGGGCCCGGGCGCGGGGGAGGCCGCCGACCCGAGUCGGCUCCCUCCGCCCCGCGAAGCCUGCACGCCCGCCGGUGAAUCAAAAAGGGCCCAGGAAGCCUGUGAAUGUUGGAGAAAAUUCGUCUGUGAAUUUUUGAUGUUUAAGGAGUUCAUAUUUGUAUUCAUCUUUUAAACUGGGAAGAUUUAUAUUUUAUUUUAAAACCUCUUGAUAUUUACAAUGAAUGGACACAGUGAUGAAGAAAGUGUUAGAAACAGUAGUGGAGAAUCAAGCCAGUCGGAUGAUGAUUCUGGGUCAGCUUCAGGCUCAGGAUCUGGUUCAAGUUCUGGAAGCAGUAGUGAUGGAAGCAGUAGCCAGUCAGGUAGCAGUGACUCUGAAUCUGGAUCUGAAUCGGGCAGUCAGUCAGAGUCUGAAUCAGACACUUCCCGAGAAAACAAAGUCCAAGCAAAACCACCGAAAGUUGAUGGAGCUGAGUUUUGGAAAUCUAGCCCUAGUAUUCUGGCCGUUCAGAGAUCUGCAAUGCUCAAGAAGCAGCAGCAGCAGCAGCAGCAGCAGGCUUCAUCUAAUAGUGGAUCGGAGGAGGAUUCCUCCAGCAGUGAAGAUUCUGAUGACUCAUCGAAUGAGGUCAAAAGGAAAAAGCAUAAAGAUGAAGAUUGGCAAAUGUCUGGGUCAGGAUCUCCAUCUCAAUCUGGUUCAGAUUCAGAAUCUGAAGAAGAAAGAGAUAAAAGCAGUUGUGAUGAAACAGAAUCUGAUUAUGAGCCAAAAAACAAAGUUAAAAGCAGAAAACCUCAAAAUAGAUCUAAGGCAAAAAAUGGGAAGAAAAUUCUUGGACAAAAAAAGAGACAGAUUGAUUCAUCUGAGGAGGAAGAUGAUGAAGAAGAUUAUGAUAAUGAUAAAAGAAGUUCUCGUCGCCAGGCAACUGUCAAUGUUAGCUAUAAAGAAGAUGAAGAAAUGAAAACAGAUUCUGAUGAUCUACUGGAAGUCUGUGGGGAGGAUGUUCCUCAACCUGAGGAAGAGGAAUUUGAAACAAUAGAACGUUUUAUGGAUUGUCGGAUUGGGAGAAAAGGAGCUACUGGUGCUACUACAACCAUCUAUGCAGUUGAAGCAGAUGGUGACCCAAAUGCAGGAUUUGAAAAAAACAAGGAACCAGGCGAGAUCCAAUAUUUAAUUAAAUGGAAAGGAUGGUCCCAUAUUCACAAUACUUGGGAGACAGAAGAAACCCUUAAGCAGCAGAAUGUUAGAGGAAUGAAAAAAUUGGAUAAUUAUAAGAAAAAAGAUCAGGAAACAAAAAGAUGGUUGAAAAAUGCUUCUCCAGAAGAUGUGGAAUAUUAUAAUUGCCAGCAAGAACUCACAGAUGAUCUACACAAACAGUAUCAAAUAGUGGAACGAAUAAUUGCUCAUUCCAAUCAGAAGUCAGCAGCUGGUUAUCCUGAUUAUUAUUGCAAAUGGCAGGGCCUUCCAUACUCAGAGUGCAGCUGGGAGGAUGGAGCUCUAAUUUCCAAAAAGUUUCAAGCAUGCAUAGAUGAGUAUUUUAGCAGGAAUCAGUCAAAAACCACUCCUUUUAAAGAUUGCAAAGUAUUAAAACAAAGGCCAAGAUUUGUAGCCCUAAAGAAGCAGCCAUCCUAUAUUGGAGGACAUGAGAGUUUAGAAUUAAGAGAUUAUCAACUGAAUGGUUUAAAUUGGCUUGCUCACUCUUGGUGCAAAGGAAAUAGUUGCAUACUUGCUGAUGAAAUGGGCCUUGGAAAAACAAUACAGACGAUCUCAUUUCUGAACUAUUUAUUUCAUGAACAUCAAUUAUAUGGACCUUUUCUGUUAGUAGUACCACUUUCCACUCUUACUUCCUGGCAAAGGGAAAUUCAGACAUGGGCUUCUCAAAUGAAUGCUGUGGUUUAUUUAGGUGACAUUAACAGCAGAAAUAUGAUAAGAACUCAUGAAUGGAUGCAUCCCCAGACCAAACGGUUAAAAUUUAAUAUACUUUUAACAACUUACGAAAUUUUAUUGAAGGAUAAGGCAUUCCUUGGAGGUCUGAAUUGGGCGUUUAUAGGUGUAGAUGAAGCACAUCGAUUAAAGAAUGAUGACUCUCUCCUGUAUAAAACUUUAAUAGACUUUAAGUCCAAUCACCGUCUCCUUAUUACUGGAACUCCUCUACAAAACUCCCUCAAAGAGCUCUGGUCUUUGCUACAUUUCAUUAUGCCAGAAAAGUUUUCUUCCUGGGAAGAUUUUGAAGAAGAACAUGGAAAAGGCAGAGAAUAUGGUUAUGCAAGCCUCCACAAGGAGCUUGAGCCGUUUCUGUUACGCAGAGUUAAAAAAGAUGUGGAAAAAUCUCUUCCUGCCAAGGUUGAACAGAUUUUAAGAAUGGAAAUGAGUGCUUUACAGAAACAGUAUUACAAAUGGAUAUUAACUAGGAAUUACAAAGCCCUCAGCAAAGGUUCCAAGGGCAGUACCUCAGGCUUUUUGAACAUUAUGAUGGAGCUAAAGAAAUGUUGUAACCAUUGCUACCUCAUUAAACCACCAGAUAAUAAUGAAUUCUAUAAUAAACAGGAGGCCUUACAACACUUAAUCCGUAGUAGCGGAAAAUUGAUUCUUCUUGACAAACUGUUAAUUCGCCUAAGAGAACGAGGCAAUAGAGUUCUUAUUUUUUCUCAAAUGGUGCGGAUGUUAGAUAUACUUGCAGAAUAUUUGAAAUACCGUCAAUUCCCCUUUCAAAGAUUAGAUGGAUCAAUAAAAGGGGAACUGAGAAAACAAGCUCUAGAUCAUUUUAAUGCUGAAGGAUCAGAGGAUUUCUGCUUUUUGCUUUCCACGAGAGCUGGAGGCCUGGGAAUUAAUUUAGCCUCUGCUGACACUGUUGUUAUAUUUGAUUCUGAUUGGAAUCCACAAAAUGAUCUUCAGGCACAGGCUAGAGCUCAUCGAAUUGGGCAGAAGAAACAGGUGAAUAUUUAUCGUCUAGUUACAAAGGGAUCAGUUGAAGAGGAUAUACUUGAAAGGGCGAAAAAGAAGAUGGUUUUGGAUCACCUUGUGAUUCAGAGAAUGGACACAACUGGGAAGACAGUACUACAUACAGGUUCUGCCCCCUCAAGUUCUACUCCUUUCAAUAAAGAAGAAUUAUCAGCCAUUUUAAAGUUUGGCGCUGAGGAGCUUUUUAAGGAACCUGAAGGAGAAGAACAAGAGCCCCAGGAAAUGGAUAUAGAUGAGAUCUUGAAGAGGGCUGAAACUCAUGAAAACGAACCAGGCCCUUUAACUGUAGGAGAUGAAUUGCUUUCCCAGUUCAAGGUUGCCAACUUUUCAAAUAUGGAUGAGGAUGACAUUGAGUUGGAACCAGAAAGAAAUUCAAAGAAUUGGGAAGAAAUAAUUCCAGAAGAUCAAAGAAGACGAUUAGAAGAGGAAGAAAGACAAAAGGAACUUGAAGAAAUUUAUAUGCUCCCAAGAAUGAGAAACUGUGCAAAACAGAUUAGUUUUAAUGGAAGUGAAGGGAGGCGCAGUAGAAGUAGGAGAUACUCUGGAUCUGAUAGUGACUCGAUCUCAGAAAGGAAAAGGCCAAAGAAACGUGGAAGACCACGGACUAUUCCUCGAGAGAAUAUCAAAGGAUUUAGUGAUGCAGAAAUUCGGCGGUUUAUCAAGAGUUACAAGAAAUUUGGUGGCCCUCUGGAAAGAUUAGAUGCAAUUGCUCGGGAUGCUGAAUUAGUUGAUAAGUCAGAGACAGACCUCAGACGACUAGGAGAAUUGGUGCAUAAUGGUUGCAUUAAAGCUUUAAAGGAUAAUUCUUCAGGAACAGAACGAACAGGUGGUAGACUUGGAAAAGUGAAGGGUCCAACAUUCCGAAUAUCAGGUGUACAGGUGAAUGCCAAGCUUGUCAUCUCCCAUGAAGAAGAAUUAAUACCAUUGCACAAAUCCAUUCCGUCAGAUCCCGAAGAAAGAAAACAGUAUACUAUCCCAUGCCACACAAAGGCAGCUCAUUUUGAUAUAGACUGGGGCAAAGAAGAUGAUUCCAAUUUGUUAAUUGGUAUCUAUGAAUACGGAUAUGGAAGCUGGGAAAUGAUUAAAAUGGAUCCUGACCUCAGUUUAACACACAAGAUUCUUCCUGAUGAUCCUGAUAAAAAACCACAAGCAAAGCAGUUGCAGACACGUGCAGACUACCUCAUCAAAUUACUUAGUAGAGAUCUUGCAAAAAAAGAAGCUCAGAGACUUUCUGGUGCAGGAGGAUCAAAGAGGAGAAAAGCAAGAGCUAAGAAGAAUAAAGCAAUGAAGUCUAUAAAAGUGAAAGAAGAAAUAAAGAGUGAUUCUUCGCCCCUGCCUUCAGAGAAAUCCGAUGAAGAUGAUGAUAAGGAUGAGAUCACUUCUGUGAAACAUCCAAAUAAAAAAAUUAAAACAGAAAGAGACAGUGAAGAAAGACCUGAGCCAGAUGUUUUUAUAAAGAAGGAAUCAGAAGAAAAGAGGGAAGCAAAAGAAAAAGAGAAUAAAAGAGAACUUAAGAGGGAGAUAAAAGAAAAAGAGGAUAAGAAAGAUAUAAAGGAAAAAGAUUUUAAAGAGAAAAGAGAAAACAAAGUAAAAGAAGCUAUACAGAAAGAAAAAGACAUAAAGGAAGAAAAGUUGAGCGAAUCCAAGUCUGAUAGCAAGGAAAGAUCCAAGAAAUCUUCAGUGUCAGAUGCUCCAGUUCAUAUCACCGCAAGUGGUGAACCAGUUCCCAUAUCUGAAGAAUCUGAAGAGCUAGAUCAGAAGACAUUCAGCAUUUGUAAAGAAAGGAUGAGGCCUGUCAAAGCAGCUUUGAAACAACUUGAUAGGCCUGAAAAAGGCCUUUCAGAAAGAGAACAACUGGAGCAUACUAGACAGUGUUUAAUAAAAAUUGGAGACCAUAUCACAGAAUGUCUGAAAGAGUAUACAAAUCCUGAACAAAUCAAGCAGUGGAGAAAAAACCUGUGGAUUUUUGUAUCUAAGUUUACGGAGUUUGAUGCAAGAAAAUUACAUAAAUUAUAUAAACAUGCUAUUAAAAAACGGCAGGAAUCUCAGCAAAAUAAUGACCAGAACAGCAACUUGAAUGCUCAAGUGAUUAGAAAUCCAGAUGUGGAAAGAUUAAAAGAGAAUACAAAUCAUGAUGAUAGCAGCAGGGACAGUUAUUCAUCUGACAGACACUUAUCUCAGUAUCAUGAUCAUCAUAAAGACCGACAUCAGGGAGAUUCUUACAAAAAGAGUGACUCUAGGAAAAGACCCUAUUCUUCUUUUAGCAAUGGUAAAGAUCAUCGUGACUGGGAUCAUUACAAGCAGGAAAGCAGGUAUUACAGUGAUAGAGAGAAACACAGAAAACUGGAUGAUCACAGGAGUAGAGAUCACAGGUCAAAUUUGGAAGGAAGUUUAAAGGAUAGAUCUCAUUCUGAUCAUCGUUCUCAUUCAGACCAUCGGUUACAUUCAGACCAUCGGGCAAGUUCUGAAUAUACACACCAUAAAUCUUCCAGGGAUUAUAGGUAUCACUCAGAUUGGCAAAUGGACCACAGAGCUUCCAGUAGUGGCCCCAGAUCACCACUAGAUCAGAGGUCUCCUUAUGGCUCCAGAUCUCCAUUUGAACACUCAAUUGAACACAAAAGUACACCUGAGCAUACCUGGAGUAGUCGGAAAACAUAACAAAAACUGAUAUUUUGUCUUUCUGGACUUUUCUUUUAGCCAUAUAUCAUAAACCAACACAGUAAUUGCCUUACAUGACUUGAAAGAUAUAAACAGAUCUUCUAUCAGUAGCAGUAUUGUUACUUCUUUCCAGGAUGCAAGGUCUAUUAUCCCAACAGAAGAGAAAAUAUUUUUAUAUUUAAGGAUUAUGCUGCACUGUACUACAAAUACUGUAGUACUUUUUUUUUUUUCUUUUUUAAAGAAAUGGAAAAUGUUUACUAUUACAGGGACCUCAACACUGCCCUUCCAUAUAGGCUGGAUAAAACUGUUUUUAAGUCAGUGAUUUUAGACUGACCUCCAUUUAAAUUAUGUUUGUAUAUGAACUUUACUCUGACCUGUGAUCAUGUUUCAGGAAGGAAUGAAAGAGAGUUCUUUUCUUAAUAAAGAAAAAACACUCAAGGACUUUGUUCACUUUCCAAAGCUACUUGUUUACAUUGUACACUGCGACCACCUUGCCGCUUUUCAUCACAAGCUUGAAUAUUUAAAUUCUGUACUUAUAUCUGUAAAAUAGCCAGGAAUUUCCUGUUUGUGAUCUAUUAUUAUGCCUUUUUACACACACACACACAUACACACACACACACACAAAUGGCUGUAAAUUAUUGUAAAUGGAUUAAAUGAGCUUUCCUUACUUCCUUUCCCUUCUCAGGCUUUUUUUGACUGUUCCUUUCCCUACCAACUCAGGCCUUCUUAUCAUUUAAAAAUAUCAGUGUAAUAACACUUUUUAAUGAUUUGUCUUGAUGGAAUCAUUGUUUAGAAUGUAAAAAUGGGGAAAGGGGCCACUUAAUUCCAUUAGUCCUCUUUUUAUAUUGACUAUUUUAUUAGAUACAUGUUAUUUCUUUUUUUUCUUUUGUAGUAAAUAUUGUGUUUGUAGUAACAAAAUGGUGAGAUAAUAUGUAAAAUCUAAACUGCAUGCUCUGGAAACAUUUUUUUCAGAUGCAUUUGGUUUAAAAGGGUAGGUGUAUGAACACUUUUCAGAAUCCAAAAUGGCCAAAAGUUAUUGUAAAUCCAUUUGUUUUCCCUUUUCAUGUGGGCAAUAAUGUCAAAUGUGCUAUGCAGCCAGGUAACAUUUUAGAUAAACUUGAUUGACUUUUAAUAUAAACUGUUACAAUGCACACUGAUUGUAUAUAAAAACCUUAUAUAUGACAAAUUAAAUUUAAGAAAAAGGAUAUGUGGGCUCCUGUAAUUUUCUGCUGCAUUCUUACUCCAAGCACUUAACUUUUUUUUUUUUCUUUUUUUUUAAGUAGUAACGUUUAGCUACCAGGAAAAAGGUAUUUUGGUAAGCAGUUAACUAUUGUUAAUGUGUGGCACUACAACUAAAUCUAUUUUGAAGACUAUGUGAAUCUAUGAAGUAAAAUUUAGAUCGUAGAAAUCUUUGUUGGACUCUUGUUGGUUUCCUGCAGAUUUUAUUUUAGAAAGCCUUAUAUUUAUUCACAGAUUUUUAUUUUGUUAUAUUCAGUGGAACUUUUUGAAUCAUGUAGCAUACAUUCUUGGAUGUGUGCUGUGCUGUAGCAAAUUUGAAUCUUAACUUUGACAAAUAUAAGUAUAUUGGUAUAUGCCUAUAAUAUUCUUAAAUGUGUCCCUGUUGAUUAACUGUGGGAGCAAUCUACAGAAAUUCGUCCAUAGAUGGAUGUAUUUUUUAAACGUUUUCCUUUUAUCCAUUUAGGUCUAAAAUUUUAUGUGUACAAAACAAAGCUUUCCUCCCCCCCUUUUUUUUGAGUAGUGAUACCUCUUUUAGUUACCCUGGAAAAUAAUAAUCUAUUUUUUCCUGGCAUAUCAGAUAACAUAGGAAGAAUAGCUCAUUUUCUAAACAUUAAUUUAUAAUUAAAUAUAAAAGUGAUUAAACAGUUUAGUGCCGGUACACAUUUUUUAAGCUUUUCCACUUUUUUCCACGUUUAGUAUAAAUGAUUAUUCCACAGAUAGCAUUUAACAAAAAAAUAUAAUACUUAAUGAAAUUAUAAUAUUAAUACAGUGAGCAGAUCAGGGUUGGCAUUUUUAAUUCACAUUUUGUAGCUGGGAUAUUUGCAUUAUAUCCUAUUGUACAGAUUACAUAGAAGAACAUUAUUACAUAUUUUGAGGCAAUGGAAUGGGCUCUAAUUUCUUAACAAUGCCACAUUUAGUUGAAUAUUUUAGUCACCUAAUUAGUUGAGUUGAAUGAAAAAUCUAAAACUGUAUGUAAUAUUAAUUGAUGGAAAAUAUGUUCAUUAUUUGUAAGAAGUCCACAAUCCUGUAGAGGAGGAAUAAGCCAUAAAUUUAUUAAAACACAAUGGAGAAGAACAUUAGUGCAUAAAUAUCACAGGGAACAUUCUCUAUAAAAUAUGCUUAAAUUUUGUCUUUUACAUGCUCAUUCUGCUUUGCUAUUUUUAUCCAUUUGUGUUUAAAUUUUCAAGGGUGAGAGAUUAUGCAUAGUACUGUACCAGUUAACCCUCCACUUUAAUAAUAUACAAUAAAUGAUUCUUAUUAAAAGCAA